AUGUCCAAUUUGUUGGGCAUGUAUGGACAAAAUAAUGGGAAAAAUAUCCCGGGAGUUGAUUACCCAAACAUAACAGGUUGGCCGAGAGGAUAUGUCCCAAUUGCACCACACACCGUUGAUCACGACAGUGACCAUCUACUAAUACCUCACGCACCUUGCAAACGCAUGAAUUGGUUAUUUGAAAUGCUGAGAACACAAUCGGAGGAGGUCAGAGGUUUCAUAAACAAACCAGAGGUAAGGAUUUUCUUUUUUUGAGA